GACAGAAUUCACGGUUCUGACAUCAUCAUAGCAUCAAUGAAGCAACGAAAGCCCUCGCUUGAUGACUAUUUAACAAGGUCAUGGAGCGAAAGAUCGAAGAGCUUCAAUAUAAAGAACAGGGAUGGCAUCUCAGAGCAGCCAACGGAGAGGUAAAGCUGAACAUGUUCAUGUAUAUAAGCAGAGCAUCUAUACUUAAUCCUCUUCUGCUGCCAUAAUCCCACACUGAACAGUAUGUGUAAUCACUUAUGGCCUGUGGUCUGUGAAGUAUACUUAAGGAUUACGGAGUACAUGUACCGUAGCUGCUGGUGUACCGUGUGACUUGUCGAUCUCAUACUCGCCUUUUAUUUAUCCACUUAUCCUGAACAAUAGUAAUAACUGCUCAUGCUUGCCAGAAUCCUUGUGUUUGCAGUGCGUGUGCAACCUCCACCUCUCCCAGGUUGUGCUUGUGUAUUUUAAAGGUGUGGGUACCACAUGAUUUCAAGAUCUUUAUGACUCGACAAGGGUAAACAAAAGAGUUUGCACAAUGUACUUCUUAAGAUACGACAUGGGAAGGUUUCAGUCCAGGUUACUAGAUAUCUGAAAUCAGCUGGAUGUCUUAUGCUGUCAAUGCAAGCAGAUCUCUUAACAAUAAAAAGGUUGCUUGGUGUCUUAAUAUUAAAAUGUGUCUUAAAUAUAUUUGAUACUGUUCUGUGAAAAGCAGAGAAAACAGUGGCACAUCAGAGACCCUGCAGGAAAGACUCAACAGAGUCGGGAGAUCACCAUCUAAGACAAGACACAACCCAUUCAACAGUAGUCCAAUGGAGCUGAACCUCGAGGAGACACCUGAAGCAUCAGGAUCUGCCCUCAGGAGAUUAUCUACCGACAGGGACUUUGAUUCACGAGUAAAAUAUCAGGAACCAAGCCACACUGAAGAUAACAGUGAGGUGCCUCGAAAAAAACCUGUGCCAAAGAAGAGGACGAGAAUCUUCAAACCCCAGAGCUCUUUAUCUGACAGCGCCAGCUCUGUGUCCACCCAGAGCGCAUCUAGUCAAAGCGUGUCGACUCAGAGUAUAUCUACUCAGAGUACUUCCACCCAAAGCGUGUCAGCCACUGAGAGCUCAGGAACCCGAACUCCGGCACCCAGAGGAAUCCUCAAAUACACCUCCAGCUGCAGUUCCAGUGACUCCGCUUUCAAAAGCCAGAUGCCCCAACCAGUUGUGACAUUAAGCUAUGUUCGCAAAAGGAGCAAUCAAGAAAAGGAUUUUGACAUGAGUAAACAUAUUUUGGAGAGUAAAGAGGAACCAGGUUACAAAACACAGCCACUAAAGAUUCCAAAGUCACGUUUACCAGUGAGAGCCCCGUCCCUUCUGAAGAAACCUCCGCAAGACACAGAGGAGAAAACGAAGAUGCACACACGCUUAAGUCUGAGCUCUGACCCGACAGCAGAUAAUGACAAGAAGGGACAAGACAGCAUGAAACAAAAAAAUACAGAUGAUUGUUUUGCUCAGUCACCGAACAUAGAACCAGACGAACAAAAGAUAUCGGAUGAGACUUUGUCUUUUCCUCAUGAGAAUGCAAGGUCUGCAUUAACUACCAACUCUAUGAAACCAUUAGAUGGGAUCAUUGCUCCUCAACGUACACAGCAAAAGUCUGAGACAGUGGAGAAUCAUAUGACUAUGUCGCAAAAGGUGGAAACGACAAGAGCAGAACAUAUUGGGACUGCUGUUGAUCAACAGUUUCCUGGUGUCGCCGACAUAGCAAAUACAUCUACUGAUCGUGGGAUUGAGAGCAGCCCCUCUGCAUUCAAUAUAAACACCUAUAACAUGAAUCAAGAAUCAAAGCCAGCUGUCGCACCAGAUGUACACAUUCCCACACCUACUGAUGAACGAGGCAAUUCCAUCACCAAAGUUCUCGAGUGGUUUAGCAGGAGCUCAGACAGCAGCGAUAUGCUUGAUGUGGAGAGUAAUCAUGACAUGGAGGAAGAUGCUAAGAUUGAUGACAUAGAUGUGGAGGAUGAAGCUAAUCAAAAACCCAAACCAAGAGAUAACGUGUACUUGAUCAUACCACGCCAAAGUGAAAAGAAAUCAUCGGAGGUAAAUUCACAAUUUUUAAAAGAGACAGAGUGGGGAAAGGAACAGUGUGUUGAUGAAUCUCCUCAAAAUACUCCAAAACAACGGAGAAGAUCUGAAUCCAUGUCUUAUAAGGAAUCUCUCAUCAUGAAGCCUUCAGUUGACGUUGCUUUGACUGACAUCGCAAACGAUGUCACUCAGCCAGAGGACAGUGUAUUUGAAAAAGUUAAUGAAAAUGAGAAAAUUGACUCUUUAACCAAGGAAGACCCAAGAGAAGAGCCUAAAGUUAAACUUGUAACUGAUUUCAAGGUUCAUCAACAAAAAGAAAGAACGGGUGGUGAAGAGAAUCAAAGACCAAAACUUGCUCAUUUGAGAUCAUUCUGGGAAAGGGAAAACAUCGGACCAAAGAUUUUGAUCAGCAGAACUAAUGUACCUGCUAAAAAUGAAUCCCUCAACAAUAGUGAUGUUUGCACAAAGCCAGCUGAAAGUAAAAAUGAAAAAAGGGUAGCCGAACACAGCUUGGGAUAUCCAGAACAUCAGAUUAAAGAGACAAUCAGUGUUGUGGACGUUUCAGACCUUAAGAAUGCUAACACAAUCAAAAAGCCUGAAGUACCAGUUGUUACAGCUGAAUCAAAAAAUGCAUCAUUGAUCUAUUCUAACCAGAAGAAAGACCAAACACUUGCAAGCUCUCCCUCUCACAAGCAAUCUUCUCUUCCACGUUUAAAAUCAUCAUCUUUGCUUGAUAGUGGAUCCUUGUCAGCAGGUCAAAACAUUGAAAAAAUGGGAGGCAGUGGAGAUUGCACUUCCCCAAAAGAAUCAGAGCCGAAGUCCAAAACGGCACCAAGGCCAAAUCCAACGCCUCUUGUUAAGCAGAAUUCCCAGCAGGAGGAGAUCAUGGCAGUGAAGAUCAAACAACUCAAGUCCUUCUGGGAAAAAGAAAAAUUGGGGCCUAGAAUAUCAGCUCAAAACAAAAAACCUUCAGUAGCUUCUGCUAAGAUGAACAGAAGAUUUACAAAGUCUGAGUUUGAUCUCAGAUCAAUAGGUGCUGAGUUUGAUGAUGAUAUAGAGGACGAUACUUCUGAUAGAGAGAAAGUGUCUCCUAAUUUCUCUAUGCAUCCACUAUGGAAAGAAAGGUCAACUGUGACAGAUGGGAUGAACAAUUCACAGUUUAAGAAUCUCAGAGACUUCUGGGGUGGAUCUCCUACAAUGCAGUCUGGUCAAAAGUCUCCGGUUCUUAAAAGUGGAAAUAAAAAUCCAAAAAUGUUUAAUGUCCAGUCAGAAAGAAGUAAUGUUAAAACCAUAGUAAAUGAAACACAAACCAAUGCCAAACAAUCUUUGGCUUCCUCCUCACCAGCAAAGCCAGAGAAAACACCACUUUCUUCCUCAAAUAAGAAAUCUACUAAAAGACAAGAAUCUGUAGCAAAAGCCAACCAGUUGCCUUCGGCCUCCAGUCCGACCUCUGUAAAAGAUACAACUCCACAUAAACCUACCAUUGGCCAAGAAUCACAACCUCAGCAGAGCCGAAGCAGCAGCAAAGGCAGUCUGAAUGGAAAAGCAAAGGCAAUGCGACGUGCCUCCAGCAUGUUUUCUGUCAACACGGCAGGUGAGGAGCAAAGCCAAAGCGUGCAUCCUCAACCCAAAGAGACACAGAAUCCCAAUCUUCACCAGGCAACAAAAAGUUACCUCACACCAUCCAGGAAAACAACAGAAUCAAGCAAUACCCUGCCAAAAACCUCUUCUGACAAUUCCUGGCAAGACAAAAAAAGAAACUCUCAGAGAAAACCGUCCCGUACGUCUGAAGAUUCUGACUUUCAACCUCUUGCAAGGUCCUAUAUUCCUCCCGAUUACCAGCACUACCUGGGAAUCACAGAGACAGGCAGAAUGUACACUCCUCCUCCAGUUAUAGAGCAGAUAGAAGACUUUCUCUGCACCUCAUUUACAACCUCAAUUGAGACCAGCUGCAAAUGUAAAUGUUCCCCUGUAAGAACCAGCACUCCUGUACAAGGAUCUCCUGACCUUCAAAGGAGAGGAAGCUUGGGACUUGAUGGACAUGUCUGUCAUGAUGCUUCCAAGACCAGUACGGCAGACACCUGGCCCCAUGUAAAGGGAAAUCUGAACUGUGAUAAGGAGAGUUCUGUUCAGAAAGCCUUGAGACGAGCUGCAUCAAGACCCGUGUACCAUAAGAGCAUGAAUGAUAUCAGCACUUCGCCUGGACAAGGCCAAAAUAUCAAGCAAACGGAUGACUACGAACAGGUCCCUAGCACACAUGUCCAGACUUCCUUUGCCACCUCAGACCCAGAGCACCUGAAGCAACUCAGCAAAUCCGUGCCCUCCUUUCUACAGAAAGAGAGUGAUGGAGGAGAGAGCGACUCAGAGAGCAGCUCCCGCAGCGGCCUGCCACAGAGAAUCAACAGACAAUACACCAACCUUAGCGGUUACUCCGGCUCUGCAUCUGUGUCGUCUGUUAGCGGCAGUGUUGCGAGUGUGUAUAGCAGCGACUACGGCAGUGUUGAAGUUCAAGGCAUCAUCCAGUUUUCACUGAACUAUGUGCAGAAGUUGCGGGAGUUCCACAUUUUCGUGGUUCAGUGCAAGAAUCUGGCAGCGGUGGAUGCGAAAAGGAAUCGAUCUGACCCGUAUGUCAAGAGUUACCUCAUACCUGAUUCUGCCAAUCUGGGAAAGAGAAAAACGUCUGUGAAGAGGAAAACCUUAAAUCCUACAUACAAUGAGAUUCUUAGAUACAGAGUCAGAAUGGAGAACCUGAAGUCUCAGCUUUUGAACCUUUCUGUGUGGCACAAUGACACAUUUGGCCGCAACAGCUUUCUGGGAGAGACAGAGCUUGACCUUUCCUUAUGGGACUUUAAUGAUACAGAGAGGAAGUUUUUGCCUCUUAAACCAAGGAAUUACUCCUUUCAGUCCUCCACCAGCCUCCAGCCCUUAGAUUUUAGAGGACAAAUGAGAUUGGCUGUACGAUUUCUGCCCCAGAUCUCCCAGUCUAAACGCAUUCCUGGCACAGGUGAAGUGCAUAUCUGGGCCAAAGACUGCAAGAAUCUCCCUCUUAUCAGAAGUCCAUCUAUUGACCCGUAUAUAAAAUGCUUUGUACUCCCAGACACCAGCAAAAAGAGUCGUCAGAAAACUAGGGUGUUAAAGAAGACCACCAGCCCCAUAUUUAAUCACACCAUGGUGUAUGAUGGCUUUAGGGCAGAGGACCUGAAAGAAGCCUGCGUUGAGAUUACAGUUUGGGACCGUGAUCGACUAGCCAAUCACCUGCUCGGAGGCCUAAGACUCGGCAUGGGCACAGGUAAGAGUUAUGGAGCUCAGGUGAACUGGAUGGACUCAACACCAGAAGAGAUUGAUUUAUGGAGGAGAAUGAUGGAGUCUCCCAGUGAGUGGAUAGAAGGGGUGUUGCCACUCAGGAUGCUAACAACAGACAACAAAGCAUGAAAAAUGAGUUUACAAUUAGAGGCCUUUACCAUUAUUGAAGUACAACUUUCAUAUUUCUGCACAUUUCAAAGCUUGCAUUUUCUCUCAUUUAUAACAGGUUGUUUCAUUUGUGUCGGAAAGCUUUUGAGAAAUAAUACAAAUCCAAUGUUCAGUCACUGCUUAUGUGGCUCUGGUCUGUGGGGUGUGUUAUGAAUAGCAUGUUAUACAAAUUGUUCUAAUGAAUUAUGCAUUAUACCAUAUAUGCUGUGUAUAAUGUAAAGUAUACAACUGAGCACUUUAUAUGAAAUACAGUGCAUUUCCAUUGUAACAAAUGUCACUUUAUUUUGUCUGAUUGGCAUAUUACACAGAAUUUUAUUAAAACCACUGUUUUUAUCUGA